UCUGCAUAUGUUGGCCUACUAAAAAUACUCAGCUUCUCUAUUUACUUACACUGGACUACGUUUGUGUAUGAAUAGACAGCGGAAUCAAUGUAAACCGAAUCAUAACAAAUAAAAUACAAAAAAAAAUGGCUAAGGAUGGAAGUUGUCUUUUUAAAAUAGGAUACUUCAUUUACUCUAGAACUCGAUUUGGUCGUUACUUUCACCAGAAUGAUAUCAGGAAAUCAAAACUAAAACUAGGUGAUGGAAGGCAUUCUGAGCUAACACAGUUUGAUUAUGAAUCUUUGAGCAUUCUUCCAAUACCUAUGGUGCUUGACAACUAUGCAUAUCUGGUCACAGACCAAAAAAAUCAUAAAUCUGUUCUCAUAGAUCCGGGUGAUGCUGAAGCUGUACAGAAAGUCCUGAAGCUGAAGAAUGUCGAGCCAGAAGCCAUCUUAGUCACACAUAAACACUGGGACCAUUCUGGUGGCAACAGUGACUUGAAACAACUCUUCCCACAUGUUCCUAUUUAUGGCAGCUCUUUAGAUAAUGUACCUGAUUGUUCUCAUUACAUUUCUGAUAGUGAUGUACUUACCUUUGGGGAUUUACAGUUUCAGACCAUUCUAACACCUGGUCAUACUGUUGGUCACACUGUGUUCCUGCUUGAUGGAAGUAGAUUUGGAGUUAGUAGUCAUCUUUUCUCUGGAGAUUGUCUCUUUCUUGGGGGAUGUGGGCGUAUGUUUGAAGCUCCACCGUCAGUGAUGCUGAAUUCAUUGGACAUAUUGAUGAAACUUGAUAAUAAAACUUUGAUGUGGCCUGGUCAUGAGUAUGCCAUGGAUAAUUUAAAGUUUGCCAUAUUUCUUGAUCCAAAUAACACAGAGCUUCAGAAAAAAUAUAACUGGGUAAUGGAACGGCGAGAAAAUUAUCUAUGUACAUGUCCUUCCACAUUGGAGGAAGAGAAAAGUUACAAUCCAUUCCUGAGAACAUCAGAUAAGUGUAUACUCAGUGCUAUAGGUAUGAUUGACACUGGGGACUUCCAUCAACCAUCUAAUGAAGAAAGAGCCAGAGCAUUAUUGUUGAUCAGAAAAUGUAAAGAUGAGUUCAAAUACAAACUUUAAUUUGGAAUCAAACAUCUGGGGCUUGUUGCAGUUUUAUAGAACUAUUUGUUAUUCCCUUAUUAUAAUCUCAUUACCAUUAAGCAUUAAAAAGUAAUUUGCUUAAGUAAAUUUUAUUUUUUUUCUCUUAUAUUGUAUUUUUUUCUCUUUUAAGUAAUGUCCAAAGUAAGGUGAACAUAAAGUUAUACUGAUUAUGUUUGGGUAAUGUAAACUAAGGUCUACCUAACUAUAGACAUUGUUUGUGUGAGCAAAUAUCACAAGAUUAUUUUUGUAAUCCUUCAAUAUAUGAUGCCAAUCUAAUUAGAUAUUUGAAAAAAAUUGUAUGUACCUUAUUUUCUGUUCAAAAUUAUUCUCUAAAUCUUUUAGCAUGAGCUUCAAAGAAGCUGGUGAGUGUCAAUUAUGCAGUUCUUUUUAAACUAUGCAGAAAAAUAUGUAUUUAUUUACUCUGCAAUUUAAGAGCUAUCUGUUGUAAAAUGUAUUUACAUGACAAUAAUGUACAUGGGAGUUGUACUUGGUAUAAACAAAUGCACAAAUUUGUUGGUGCUAUGACUAUAGUACAAUGUGAUUUUUUUUAUAAACAUGAUUUAUGUAGUGUUUAUCAAGUAUUUUGAUUGGUUAUCAAUUAUUAUGCCAGUAUUAAGUAUGCACUACUAAUCUCUUUAUGCAAAUUAUUUCUAAUCGAAAUGUAAAUGUACUUUUUAAUAUUAUGUUUUUUUACUUUUUAUGCUGAUUUGUGUUUUGUAAAUAUUUAAUAACAUUGACUUCUGGUACAUCAAAGUUAACAAUAAUACAAAAAAAAAUUUAAUAAUGCAAAAGUUUUGAUGAAUAUUUCAACAGGGUCAAAUGUAUAACUCCAUGGAUACCAAUAGGGUGUUAACUGGCAACUAAAUUUAAACAUGUAGACUUAAUUUGUUUACAAGAAAUGUCCAUGCAUAUUUAAAAUGAGCUUUUUAUUCUAUCACAUAAUUGUAAACCUUUUUUUCUUUGUUGACAUUGAUGUACUCAGAAUAAAAUCUAAGUGAUAUUAAUUUCUUACAGUAACUGUUACAUUAUAUAUACAAAAUUUUUGUUUUUCCAAUAAAAUAAUUUAAAGUACA